AUGGAGACGUCUACCAACACCAUCAAACCUGCCUUUGCUGCUGUACUGGCUGCUGCUGUGCCUGGUCCCUCUGUGCCUCCUCCCUUGUCGUUUUUGCCCCUCUAUCCUCUCCCCCACCCACCUGCCUCCUACCAUCCCCUCUUCCCAACCCCAAAACCCCCCGCACCCUCGCCCUAUCCCCCCCCUCCAUACCCUGUCCUUGCUGGCCCUCUCGUUGCUGCCCCUGCCGUCCCCUCUCCUCUACCCCACUCGCCGGCCUCUCCUGCCCCUGCUGAACCUCUUGUUGCUGGCUGUGCUGUCCUCUCCCCUCUCCCCCACCAACCUGCCCCUCCUUCCUUUGCUGGCCAUGCUGCUGCUGUUGCCGCCGCUGUCCCCUCUCCUCUUCCCUAG